GCGCAGCUGGCUAGCAGCACAGCGCAGAGACUGGAGCCCCGGAGCCCGGCUAAGUGUCAGUGUCAACCUGUGCCCGCCGUCCCGGCUCCGCAGCCCUCCUGCCACAGCCGCCGAGCCGCUGUCUAGAGCCUCAGCCUCGCCACCAUGAGAGUCCUGCUGGCUUGCCUGCUCCUCUGUGCCCUGGUCGUGAGCGACUCUGAAGGCAGCCAUAAACUUCAUGGAGUGUCCAUUGCAUCAAACUGUGGCUGUCUGAAUGGAGGAACAUGUGUGUCCUACAAGUUCUUCUCCAACAUUCAGCGGUGCAACUGCCCAAAGAAAUUCCAAGGGGAACACUGUGAAAUAGAUACAUCAAAAACCUGUUAUGAGGGGAAUGGUCGCUCUUACCGAGGGAAGGCCAAAACUGACAUCAGGGGCCGGCCCUGCCUGGAGUGGAACUCUCCCGCAGUCCUUAUGAAAACAUAUCAUGCCCACAGACCUGAUGCCCUUCAGCUGGGCCUGGGGAAACACAAUUACUGCAGGAACCCAGACAACCAGAGAAGGCCCUGGUGCUAUGUGCAGGUUGGCCUAAACCAGCUUGUCCAAGAGUGCAUGGUGCAGGACUGCUCUUUUGGAAAAAGUACCCCCUCUCCUCCGGAAAAAGCAGAAUUUCAAUGUGGUCAGAAGGCCCUGAGGCCCCGCUUUAAGAUUGUUGGGGGAGAAUUCACCACCAUCGAGAACCAGCCCUGGUUUGCGGCCAUCUAUAAGAGGCACCGCGGAGGCUCUGUCACUUACUUGUGCGGCGGCAGCCUCAUCAGUCCUUGCUGGGUGGUCAGCGCCACACACUGCUUCAUUAAUCACCCAAAGAAAGAGGACUACACUGUCUACCUGGGUCGGUCAAGUCUUAACUCCGAGACCCCUGGGGAGAUGAAGUUUGAGGUGGAAAAGCUCAUCUUGCAUGAGGGCUAUAGUGCUGACACACUUGCUCACCACAAUGAUAUCGCCUUGCUGAAGAUCAGUUCCAGCUCUGGCCAGUGUGCACAGCCAUCCCGGUCCAUACAGACCAUCUGCCUGCCCCCACCAUAUGGCGAUGACCAUUUUGGCACAAACUGUGAGAUCACUGGCUUUGGAAAAGAGACUUCCACUGGCUAUCUCUAUCCAGAACAGCUGAAAAUGACUGUUGUGAAGCUGGUUUCCCACCAGGAGUGUCAGCAGCCCCACUACUACGGCUCUGAAGUCACCACCAAAAUGCUGUGUGCUGCUGACCCUCAUUGGGAAACAGAUUCCUGCCAGGGAGACUCAGGGGGCCCGCUGGUAUGCCCCAUCCAAGGCCGCCUGACUCUGACUGGGAUCGUGAGCUGGGGCCGUGGAUGUGCCAUGAAGGACAAGCCAGGCGUCUACACGAGGAUCUCACGCUUCCUGCCCUGGAUCCGCACUCACACCGAGGAAGAGAAUGACCUAGCCCUCUGAGGGCCCCCAGGGAGCCAAGGGAGGAGAGGGGCACCACCCUCCCACAUUGACCAUGAUUUUUGCAGUAGAGCCACCUGUACCAGCUAUAUAUAAGGAAGAGACUGAGGAACAUAGGCUCUGCAGAGAUGGUUUUACUUGUGCUGCCCACCAGGGUGAGCGAAAAUAGCUUUACCCUCAGAUACAGGCCUGGGUGCUGGGCGCCCAGAUCCCCCCUGGCCAGGAUGGAGGGGUGGUCCUGACCCAGGAUGGUAUUGA